AUGACAAAAAAAAUCGUAGUGUGGCACGACACGGCAGAAAAUGAUUUGAGAAAAGAAUUGUCUGACUAUAUCGAUGAAAUCCUGUCAUCAGGAGAGGAAAGCAAUGAGGAAGAUGAUGAUGAUGAUGCUUUAAGCCAAGGGUCAGGCAGUUUAUGGGGAUGGGGUGAUGCUGACACUGUUAAACAAAAGCCAACCUCUAUAUACGAACUCAACAAUUUCUUUAAGUUUAAAUACAAAAAGAAAAGCUGUUUAAGCCCGUCAUUUUAUGCCGAUCGCUACCAUAUGUGUUUACGAGUACAUCCAAAUGGCUAUGGUAAGGGCGAGGGGAGUCAUGUCUCUGUUUAUGUGUGUUUACUUCAAGGAGUUUAUGAUCGUAUGGUCUCGUGGCCUUUCAGAGGAGAAGUUAUUAUUGAAUUAUUGCACAAUUCCAAUGGGCAACCUCAUAGAAGAGUUGUGAAAUAUGGGCAUGAUACUCCAAUAGAUUUCUCAACUGUGGCAAAGGGUCCAGCAAAAGGAAAUGGCUGUCCUAAAUUUAUAUCUAACCGGAAAUUGAAUAGCUACCGUGUUUCUGGCACUCUACGAUUUCAUAUUUAUGUAAUGUGCUAA